AUCGCGCGCGCAUAUCGUCUGCCAGCUGUUGUCACUUUUUCUAAGCAACCUUAAAAACACUAUCAUUCCUCAGCACUUGUGUGUCGUCUUACCUGCACUUUGCAGUGUCCGGGACUGAGGUGAAUAAUGGACCAGGACAAGUACCUGCCCGAGCUGCUGGCCGAGAAAGAAAGCUUGGAUCCGUCGUUCGUGCACGCGAUGCGCCUUCUGGCCGAAGAAAUCGAAAAGUACGAAGGAGACGAGCUUAGGAAAGACGGCGAGGUGAAGAAAUACCUGGAUGUCAUCAGUAACAAAAACAUCAAGCUGUCAGAGAGAGUGCUUAUUCCUGUGCAGCAGUAUCCAAAGUUUAAUUUUGUUGGGAAACUGCUGGGGCCUCGGGGCAAUUCCAUGAAAAGAUUACAAGAGGAAACCGGAGCGAAGAUGUCCAUCCUUGGCAAGGGCUCAAUGAGAGAUAAAGACAAGGAAGAAGAGCUGAGGAAAAGUGGGGAGGCUAAAUAUGCCCAUUUGAACAACGAUCUCCAUGUUUUAAUUGAAGUCUUCGCACCACCUGGAGAGGCGUAUUCCCGCAUGAGCCAUGCCUUGGAGGAAAUUAAAAAAUUCCUGGUUCCUGAUUACAAUGAUGAGAUCAGGCAAGAGCAGCUGCGUGAGCUGUCCUACCUAAAUGGAUCUGAUGACCCAAGCAGAGGAAGGAGUGUCCGAGGACGUGGCAUACGACUCACCUCCACAGCUGCCACACGGGGUCGAGGCGGAGCAGUGCCACCUCCUCCACCUGGCCGAGGAGCUGUAGUGCCCAGGGGAACUGUGGGUACACGUACGUCCCUGUCCACCAGCAUGCUCACUAGAGGCGUCUCAGCACCACGGGCCAGAGGAACAGCAGGGACUCCUGGAUACAGAGCACCUCUGCUGCAGGCUACACAUAAAACCUACGAUGACUAUGGGUAUGAUGAUGGAUAUGAUGGGGAAUAUGACGAACAGGGUUAUGAGACCUAUGACGAUGGCUACAGCAACCAGUCCAAAAGUGGUUCAGAAUAUUACGAAUAUGGCCAUGGAACCAAUGACGAUACCUACAACAAUUACGCAGAAGAGGAGUGGACUCAUCCGCGGCCGAGCCUCAAAGCUCCAACUGCAAGACUUUCACGAGGGGGCUACAGAGAUCACCCCUAUGGUAGAUACUAAAGGUGCUCCACUUCAGUGAUCUCCCCUGCCUGGCAUCCUUACGUAAUAAUCUAAAAAAUAAUAAUUAAAAAAAGCCCACAAAAAUCAAGUGUUUGAUAAAAAUCAAGCCGAUCCCUUAACCAAGGAGCGAGAAACUGCAUACAGCAUAUGGUUUUGAUAACAUGAUGUACCCAUACAUCGAAGAAACACAAAAGGAUCUUGCAUUAAACAAAAAGACUUCCAUUUGAA